AUGGCACCGUUAGAAAGAGAUCCACCCAAAUUCUUAUUUGAUCAUAUAACAGACAUAAACGAAGACUUUUUGACGGACGACGAAGAAGACUUAUUUCCAGAACGCCUUAUAUACAACGACAUAGACACAAGAGAUAGAGACACGGACGAAGAGAUUGACAUAAACACCGACGAGUUAAAUAACUAUAUACCUGAAAUAGUAUUGGAAGUCAUUAGACAAUGGAGUACAUACUUUAAUAGUGCUGUUCCGCCACUUGUCAACAACCAUGACAGAAAGACAGAGGACAGCGAUGACGAGUCAAUUGAGACAGACGAAACCGACGACAGAGAGACGGAAGACAACGAUGACGAGUCAAUUGAGACAGACGAAACCGACGAUAGAGAGACAGAGGACAACGAUGACACAGAGACAGAGGACAGCGAUGACAAAGAGACAGAGGACAACGAUGACAAAUGA